AGCAGCCAAGGCUGGGGCUUAAAAUGGCGGGAAGGGAGAGCCAAGCCAGGAAGAGGAGAAAGAGGAGAGAGAAAGCAUGGCUUUGAGGGAAAGAAAGCUUCCACAUUAUGGUUUGACACCACCUCCUGGAGCAAUACUAAGGGGAUCCUGGGUGUGUGGCUGCAAUGAGGCACCAGCACUCUCUGGCAGGGAUAUGGAGUCAAGAGGGAGAGAGAGAGACAGGAAGGAAUCAAGUCAGGAAUUGUAUAGCCUUCGCAAAGAUUGCACAUACAUUUGGGGAUCCGCGUGGACCGCGCACCGGAACAGAUGGAUAAUGGAGACUGGGGAUAUAUAAUGACUGAACCAGUCACUCUCAAUGUGGGAGGCCACUUGUACACGACGUCGCUGACCACACUCACCAGGUAUCCUGAUUCGAUGCUGGGAGCCAUGUUCCGGGGAGACUUCCCCACUGCCAGAGAUUCUCAGGGCAAUUACUUCAUUGACCGGGAUGGGCCGCUUUUCCGGUACGUUCUCAAUUUUUUACGGACCUCAGAGCUGACUCUGCCUGUGGACUUCAAGGAAUUUGAUUUGCUUCGAAAAGAAGCUGAUUUUUAUCAGAUCGAACCUUUGAUACAGUGUCUUAACGACCCCAAGCCUUUGUAUCCUGUGGAUACUUUUGAGGAGGUGGUGGAGCUUUCCAGCACACGCAAGCUUUCCAAAUACUCCAAUCCGGUGGCGGUGAUCAUAACGCAGCUCACCAUCACAACAAAGGUCCACUCGUUGUUGGAAGGGAUUUCCAACUAUUUUACCAAGUGGAAUAAGCACAUGAUGGAUACCAGAGACUGCCAAGUUUCUUUUACCUUUGGGCCGUGCGAUUACCACCAAGAGGUCUCUCUCCGUGUCCAUCUGAUGGAGUACAUCACGAAGCAGGGUUUCACCAUUCGAAAUACAAGAGUCCACCACAUGAGCGAGCGAGCGAAUGAAAACACAGUUGAACACAACUGGACUUUCUGUAGACUGGCCCGAAAAACGGACGACUGAUACCGUUUGUUCUCGUCUAUUAUUUGUUCACUCUCCAAAAGCGAAAUAGCCACUUCUCAAAACCAUGUAUUUCAGUGACUGGAGUCUGGCCUUGACCCUAAACAGCCUCGGAGAGACUCUUCUUUUAUUUUAUUCUUUUUUUUUGGUUAUGAAUAUUUAUUAUUUGGUUUUUAGAGACUGGAGGAUGGACAUGCUGUGGCCUCUUGUCUUUUGUCUUGUGAGAAACGUAUGCAUGUGCCUGCUUAAAAUGUUAAGUCUCGUUUUAAAUUAAAAGAUGAAGCAAAACAAACACAAAUCAUUCUUAGAGACAACUUCAGAAUUAACUACCUUAAGAUCCCUCCCUUUCUUACAAUGCAGUAUAAGGUGCUAAAAACCACCUCUUGAUUGGAAUGGCAUUUAUUUAAUGCUAUCACAUACCACUGGGAAUGAAAGAGAAAAUCCAGCUCACACUGAACUAGAUUGAAAUGAAUGCAGAUGGUAUAAGAGGAGCUUGUUUUGGACACGUUUCCUCUGGGCUGUACCCAGAAUUGUUUAGAUGUAAUUGGAGGAAAAGCUAUCAUCAUGUAAUCUAAUCUAGUUUUCCUUGACCACAAAACCAGCAGUAUUAUUUAGUUACCUCCAAAUCCUCCCAUGACCAUUUCCUCCUGUCCUCGGUUUUAUUUUUUUAAAUGCCAUAUUUGUCAGUUCUGAUGAUUGCUUUUUCCCCUAUACAUUAUAAAUCAAGCAACCAAAUAUUAUCUGAGCUAUGAAGGUAUAAUUAGAAGUAUUUAUAUUGGUUUUGAAUGCAAAAAAACAUCCCUGUGGUAGGACUUCUUUAUUUUUUAAUGCCUGGUGCAAUAAUGAUUCCCAAAUGUAAUGCUUGCCACCAAGAAGCUAAUAAAAACAUGAAAUAUGGAAGCCAGAUCUGCAAUCUUUUGUUUGUGCUUUUUUAAAGUUAAUGUUCCAGGAAAUGUAGGAGGCACAGAAAAUGAAUCAGCUUCUGUGAAAAAGGAAAGAGGGAAAUCAUUAAUUUUAAAACCACUAGCUGGGAUUUCAAAACAACAUUUAUGAUAAGGUUUUACAGGCAGUCCCCGAGUUACAAACAUCUGACUAAGGCCCCUUCUACACUGCUGUAUAAAACCCAGAUUAUCUUCUUUGAACUGGAUUAUAUGGCAGUGUAGACUCAUAUAAUGUGGAUUAUCUGCUUUGAUAAUCUGGAUUAUAUGUUUAUUAUUACUAUUAUUUUUUUUCGUGUCCGGAACAACUUGAGAAACUGCAAGUCGCUUCUGGUGUGAGAGAAUUGGCCAUUUGCAAGUACAUUGCCCAGGGACUCCCGGAUGUUUUUGAUAUUUUACCAUCCUGUGGGAGGCUUCUCUCAUGUCCCCCCAUAGGGAGCUGGAGCUGACAGAUGGGAGCUCAUCCGCUCUCCCCCAAUUCGAACCGGCAACCUUCAGGUCAGCAACCCAACUUUCAGGUCAACAAUCCUGCCAAUACAAGGGUUUAACCCAUUGCGCCUCUGGGGGCUCCUUUUAUUAUUACUGUAGUAUGUUUUCAAUUGUGUUUUAGCUUGUAAUCUUUGUUUAUGCUGGUCUUGGUUCCCAUGUAAGCAGUCCCAAGUCCCUUCGGGGAGAUGGUGGUGGGAUAUAAAAGUAAAAUUACUAUUACUAUUAUUAUUAUUAUUGUUAUUAUGUCAGUGUAGAAGGGGCCUUACACACAACUCCUAGUUAAGAACGGGGGUGAGAAAACGGGAAUGAGAGGAAAUCUACUCCUCGGAAGGGAAAUCCAUUCCUGUGAAAGUGAUCAUGGGGAAAAGGGUCUCCAUUGAAGCUUUACCACCAAUCUUUGCUUCCAUGACAACCCAAAAUUUUCAAAAUCCACUUAUCGCAGGGACAGAAAGCGAGGCGAAAUCUUUUGAAGUGGGGUACAGACAGCAAAAUAAACAUUACAGGAGUGUCAAUCCCUCCCAAUGCAAUCCAAAACUUAAAAAAUGGCUGGAGUUAUACUUCAAAAAAAGUCUAUCUGUUCUGACUUACAUACAAAUUCAACUUAAGAAAAAACCUACAGAAACGAUCUUGUUCUUAACAAGGACUGCCUGUACUGAACUUAAUUGGGUUUCGGUAACUUAAUUUAUAAAUAGCAAUCAUGCGGGACAGUACAAAUAUGGAUAUAAAGCUCUAAGGUUCCCAGCCCAUGGAGCAGUUCAGGACACAAAAGCCACUUUUUCUUUAUUCCUAGUGGUUAUACCAAAUUGAUUUCUUUUAAAUAAUUCUUAUUCAUUAUUAGAUUUGUAAUCAUACACCGGCAUGAUUCUGUCACACGUGAGACUCUGCAACCCAGAGAGAAGCCACUGACUCACAGAUUUUCUGUUGUCUCUCUCUUCUUCAUAUCCUUUUCAAGCUCUUGUCGAGUUUUGUAUCACUUUAAUCUAGCUUGCUGUUCUGUACAGACCUGAAAUAGUGGUUUGCAACAACAAUCCAGGGUUGGUUUACUUACCAAUUGGCUAAAGUUUGUGUAGAAUCACAACUAUUAGUUGAUGUAUGGCAAGCAAAGGAUCAUAUCACCUAAAUCUUGUAGCUAUUCUUGUUGAAGGGCUGUGGGAAUUGUACCCCAAAUACGAAACCUCUUCAAGCUUUGUGUGUGGUGGGAUUUUGUAAUACAGGUUGAGCGUCUGUAAUUCCAAAAUACUCGAAAAUUGUCCACAAGGGUGGACAUCUGUGCUUUUGCAUGGUUCACUAGCAUCAGGCUACCUGUAUCAAGUGUCUAUGAAACAUAAAUGAAUUUUGUGUUUAGACUUGGGUGCCAUCUCUUAGAUAGCUCAUUAUGUAUCUGAAAUAAAAUCCAAAAUACGCAACACUUCUGGCGCCACGUAUUUUGGACAAAGGGCACUCAAUCUAUAACAAAUUUAACUUUGUGUUUGUUACAUAAUGAGCUAAAGAGUGGGAUUUUUUAAAAAAAAGUAAUUUUCCCAUAAUUGAAAAACAGUUAUAUUCAUAGUUUAGAACAGAUAUGUGAGUCUCAUAGUGACUAUGAGCUAGGAGACUUUCUGAUAGCCUGUUUGAGAAGAAUAAUUAUUGCAGCAGUAAUAAUGCUUUCCUCACUCUUCACAAGCUUAAUUAAAAUAGUCAUGUCUGCCUUUUGCUCUUAUGCCAUUACAUGCAGUUAUUCUUCUGCCUAUGGCAGAUGAAGCACACUUGUGCCAGUAAAUAGGGUGGGUUUUUUUUAGUUUUUAGCCUGAUUUAUUUUUUGGUAAUGAACAUAAAAUGGAAAAUGCAUGAGAAAUAAAACUCAACCUCUCAGGUGGCAAAGCAUGUCUGCUAUGGGAAGUGGCUUGACCAGCCAAAUGUUGUUAUUGUCUGAAAAUUGCGGCAGUCCAUAACUGUAUGCCAUCGCUCUACAUGUGGUUUGAAUUAAAAUUCAGCUUGCUUAUUUA